UCUGGUCCAAAUGAUGAUCAGACCACCUGCAGCUGCAGCAGUAGUGUUUAUCACGCAACUCACAAUUUCGAUAGCCACCUUGGUCAUGUCUAUUUUUAUGCAUCUCAUCAAUUUGGAGCAAUUUUAUAUAAUGAAAUAACUCGUUUUAUGAUAAAUAAAGGUGGAUUGAAAAGUUCUGUUUGUUCACGUUGGUCAUCAGCAUAUGAUUGUGUACAAUCAGUUCUUAAUCUAGAAGUUUCAAAUGCAGAAAUUUUAGCCAAAAUAUUGUUACUAGUUAAAAAUGCCAUUAAAAUGGUCGAAUCAAAAUCUACAACAACUGCUGAUGUUUUUUUAUUCCUUAUUCAAAUAGCAACUGCUAUUAAUGUACUUGAAAAAAAUAGUUUGCCAGAACAUAUAGAAUUUCCAUACUUCCUUCAUCCAAAAUAUCAAGAAAAAAGUAAAAGAAGGGUAACAAGUGUGAAUAUAUUAAUAGCACAAAUUAAGCAAUAUGAUAUAUAUGAGCAACCAUAUAAUUUUGGUUUUGUAGAAGAAAUUGAAUUAUCACAAACCUGA